AGCUUUCACGUGCUUUUAUGGUUGCACCCUGUGUCUGUGCAAAAGUCCCUUCACGGCCUCGCGAAUCCAUCCUCUCACGCACUCGUCUUUGCACUCUCGAUACCUACUCAUUCGCUAUGUCUACUGUUCGUCAGCUUACAAUUAAGACCAACGUUGUCAAACGUAUUCUUUCAGAUGUCCGCAUUAUCCGUCUCGACAUUGAGGAUGCCAAAAAACGCGUAGAAAAACGUGUUCAAGACGGUGAUGAGGAAGCAGCAAUUGAGCACCAAAAAGUCGUCUUGAAGCAUCAUGAACGCGCUCUUCCCGACGCGUUUCAGCGUCUUAGCAAAGCUGUUGACGACCUGCAAUUGUUUAUGAAGGAUCCUGCUUUCGAAGAUACCCCAGAGCUGUCUGCCGCCCAGGAGAUGCUUCAAAAGGCCCGUGAAACUCUCAACACUCAAGACGCUUAAUUAUACUGGCUGCCUGUCAAUUUCGUUGGACUAUGUUAGGUUUUGUU